AUGCCUGCAUGCUCCACGGACGAAUGCUGCAGUCCGUUGCCAACGUGGAACACAGGCAACGUGCACCAAACCGCAGCGUCUUCGGCUAUAUAUCAACACGAACAAUCCUGCAGCGCGGCUGGUAUCCCCGCGCAAAACGGCCUCCGGCCUCCAGUCCUGAGCACAGAGUCAAGCCCUGACCACCGGCUUGCAAGCUCGCAGACGAGGCCGGAUGAAGGGAGACCGCGAUCCAGCCGGAACCCUAUCAACCCGAUGCUGGAAAGCUGUCACCUGGGGACACAGUUCACGUUGAACCCAGAGGUUACGUCCCGCACAAGCACGACUAGACGAGUGGAGAUGCCAAUACCAAGUUCCUCGGUAGCACGCCAUCCGCGAUAUCCGGACCCAUAUUCGCAGGAUCUCUACCCGCAUACUGUAACCUCUUCUACCAUCGGGUAUGGGAUGGACUGGCCGAUGCCAGGUCACAAUGUGCCUGGCAGGCUAAGGGUAGAAUCGUGGGAUAAUGACGAGUUACUCAUGAACAGUUCAAGUUCAGGACUUUGCCAGUAUCCUGAGCCACAUGAUGGGACCAUUUCGGUGGGUGCUACAAUAUUUUCACACAGAGCCCACGCUCAAGACUUCCAAGAAUGGGGAAGUACGGAAUCGAUCCUUGAGCCAUACCCGCCAGGACCUGUUAGUGGGUCCCCUCUAGAGUCUAUGGGUUGCGAGCGCCGUUCUCAGUCCCUGGCUGCAUCCGUUUCGUACAGGAACGAUUCUUUGAAAAGAGUACAACCUAGUGCGGUUCCGCUGGAGUCGGGUUUCAGUGCUUCUGCCCAGAGCAUCUCCAGCAUACAGCCGAGUAUGGUCGUGGAUCCCUGUGAAGUUGCUAGCCAUGCCUUGCGCUGUAGCCUUAUGGAGCACCAGAGGCAGGGUCUCGUCUGGAUGAACGAACUGGAGAAAAGCGCACGAAGAGGCGGGAUCCUAGCAGACGACAUGGGCCUGGGAAAAACAGUUCAGGCGCUAUCGCUCAUUGUAGUGCGUCCAGGAUCGAUCGUGGAGCGGCACGCAACCCUCAUCAUCGCGCCAGCUGGAUUGGUCCAGCAGUGGAAGGAGUCGAUCAAGCGGUUGCUGAAUCCCGGCAUUUACCAGCGUAGAGUGUAUGUGCAUCACGGCAGCAAACGACUGGUGUCGUUUGCGCACUUGCAUGACCAUGAUAUUGUUAUCACUACAUAUGGUACCGUGGCAGCUGAAUGGCAAAGAAAACAGAGCAUCCAUCAUGGGUCGCUCUCCAGGAGUGAGCCGAUUCUGGGGUCUUCUAGUCGAUGGCACCGGGUCAUCCUCGAUGAGGCUCAGAACAUCAAGAAUGACCGCUCAAAUGCGGCCAUGGGCUGCUGUGCGAUUGAUGCCACCUACCGAUGGUGCCUGAGUGCGACCCCGCUCAUGAACCACCAGCGGGAGCUGUAUUCGUUGUUAAAGUUCCUCCGUGUCGCCGAGUACACCAGCAUCGACGGAACAGUAAGUCUUCCCUUGGCAGGCUCAUUAAACCUUCCUUUCAAGAUCCGAACCUUUCAGUCGGCAUUUAACAGCGGUUACGAGUAUGAACGGAGGGAAGCGGCUGAGCAACUGCAAAAUGUUUUACAAGCGAUGCUCUUGCGCCGUACAAAGUCAUCGGUUAUUGGCAGUCAGCCUAUUGUUCAGCUGCCUUCUCGAACUACAGUGAAGGUGUACGUGGAUCUUAAUGACGAGGAGCGAAGACUGUACACCGCCCUGGAAGGUAGUGUACAUGCCCAACUGGAUCACCACCCGAACAGCGAAGCGAUGCGUCACAGUGUCACACACAUGAUCUCUCUCUUACAGCGCCUCCAACUGGCAUGUUGCCACCCGUUCCUUGUGACUGACGACAUUAGACCACUCGGGAAACAUUUCCUGACGGAGGAGCAAUUGAUGGAGAAUGCGCGACAAUUACCAGAGGCGGUAAAUCUCCGCCUCCGAGUAUCCGAGAAUCUUCUCGACUGCCCUAUUUGCUUCGACGUGGUGGAGGAUCCCAUGAUCUUCUUCCCAUGUGGACAUAGUGCCUGUGUCGACUGCUUUGGCCGGAUUUCCAGCGCUCGGGAGGUGCGAUGCCACAGUUGUCGUGCAGUGAUCGAUCCCGCCAGAGCAACAAACUACAUUUCAUUCGCACGAUCUAAUGCACUUGCGUUGGAAAACAGUGUCUCGGAUACCAAGUCACCUGUGCCAGAGGUUGUCGCGGGAAUGGCUGAAUACCCAAGGGCGGGUAGUCAGAGGGGUGGCGUAUCGAACUCUACUCGGGAGGGUGACCUAAGUGCGUCUCAGAGCGGCGUAGAUACGGAACAGCAGCAGUGGCGUACCGUUUUGCAACCUAACGAAGGCGAAUCUACACAGAGGUUGUCGUUAUUGCGGAAACAAGCAAGCAGGAGCUCUGCCGCCCGACGCACCUACCGGCAAGCGCUUGAAAAUGCAUGGAUUACUAGCUCCAAAAUCGAUAAGGCUCUAGAGAUAGUGGAGCAAAUACAGAACGACGGAACAGGAGAUAAAAUAAUUAUUUUCAGCCAAUUUACCUCGCUGCUGGACCUUAUGGAGAUACCACUUCAGCGGCGAGGCUGGCUUUUUCGUCGCUACGAUGGAAGUAUGAGACUCGCAGACCGCCAUGCUGUAGUCGUUGAGUUCUCGACGAACCCUAACUGCAGACUUAUGUUAGUAUCUCUGCGGGCCGGAAACGCGGGCCUGAACCUCACGGCCGCGUCAAAAGUCAUAAUCCUCGAUCCGUUCUGGAAUCCCUUUGUCGAAGAACAGGCAAUAGGUCGCGUGCAUCGAAUUGGCCAACAGCGACCAGUGCAUGUGUACCGCAUUCUUACUCCUGAUACGGUUGAGGACCGCAUUCAAAAUCUUCAAGAUGAAAAGCGCCGGCUUGUCCAAGGAGCCCUAAGCGACGCCGCUGAUGCAACCAUCCGUCUGGGAAGGCAGAACCUAACGUAUCUCUUGGUUGGUCCCACGUUCGUCGCAAGGAACCCAGUGUAA